UUGUAGGCCAUUCAGCUGCAGUCAGCCAGAGAUAUUUUUUGUGUAAUCUGAACUGCCUGCCCACAUAGACAGUUCUGGACCCUACCAGCAUGGCGGGGCAGAACCAUGCCCCCUUUUUUUAGCCAGAUACCCUCACAGCCAGCACACGACCCCCUCCUCUCCUCUCAGAUUCACAUGGCGGCUUAGUAUUUGCGGGGUGGGGCUGGAUCUGGGGACUGUUUUGAAGAAAAACUCACCGUAAGCUUGGGACGGUAGAAACACAAACAAUGGAUAGGAAACUAAACUUGAACCGAGCGGAGACGUUCUCGUUCGUCAACCCAUGGAUCAGAUACUUUCUCUUCUUCUUCAGCUUCUUAUUUUGGGUUUUUUCCCUGUUGAUUGUCGCAAUCGGGGUGUAUGCUAAAGUCCAGAAAGCCACAGACACCGUGCGGGACACAUUCUUAAUCGACCCAGCUAUCAUCCUAAUUGUGGUGGGGGUGGUUAUGUUCUUCAUCACUUUCUGUGGUUGCAUCGGAGCCCUCCGAGAGAACAUCCGCCUCCUCAAGACAUUCUCCUUCAGCCUGACGUUGGUCUUCCUCACCCAGCUGGCCAUAGCAGUUCUGGGGUUCUUCUACUCCGAACAGACUCAGGAUGCUUUGGGAAAGUUUGUGAAGAAAGCCAUCGUGCACUACAGGGAUGACCUGGAUCUGCAGAACCUGAUGGAUUACAUCCAGAAAGAGUUCAAGUGUUGUGGAUGGAAUAACUACACGGACUGGUCCUGGAACCUGUACUUUAAUUGUACACAUGAGAACCCCAGCACAGAGCGCUGUGGCGUGCCUUAUUCCUGCUGCACUCCUGUUCCUGGAGAGGCAGUGAUCAACACUAUGUGCGGUUUUGGGGUUCAAACCCAGAACUACCUGGAGGCCAACAAGUCAAUCUACCCGGUAGGCUGUGCGGACAGAGCAGUGAUGUGGAUCGAGUCUCAUCUGUUGCUGGUGGGCAGUCUCGCCCUCGGUCUGGCCUUGCCUCAGAUUGCAGGCAUCGUGCUGUCCCAGAUGCUGAUCUCUCAGAUCCAAGAUGAGAUUACCUCAGUGUUGUGAAAGCGGGCUGACACAGGGGGAAAGGAGAGAAGAAAAG